AUGGAUCAGGAGAAGCUCAAGCGCAUGCAGGCGCAGGUGCGAAUCGGCACACCACGCCGUAAAACCAAGAAAGUGCACAAGACUUCCGGGACCGAUGACAAGAAACUCCAGACGACGCUUAAAAAGAUGAAUGUGCAGCCUAUCCAGGCGAUCGAGGAGGUCAACAUGUUUAAGGAAGACGGCAAUGUGAUACAUUUUGCCGCGCCCAAGGUCCACGCCUCGGUCCCCUCCAACACAUUCGCCAUCUACGGCAACGGCGAAGACAAGGAACUCACCGAACUCGUCCCGGGAAUCCUCAACCAACUCGGCCCCGACAGUCUCGCCUCCUUACGUCGCCUGGCCGAGUCAUACCAGAGUUUACAGAAGAAAGAAGGCGGCGAAAAGGGCGAAGGGAAAAAGGAAGGCGAGGACGACGAUGACGACGAUGACGACGACGAGAUCCCCGAUCUGGUCGAAGGCGAGAACUUCGAGGGCAAAGUCGAGUAG